AUGAAGCCGAAUAGUCAGCGCCCACCCCAAAACAACGACAGCUACCGAAAUAACACACCAGAUAAUGACAAAAGUGUAAGCAAUGAACAUUCCCCCAGCUACGCGCUGACCAGUAACAAUGCGAACAGGUUCGCCAGGAGUAUGGAGGACAGGAGUCACAGUCCAUCCAAUGGCACACCCAUGAGUCAGAGCAACACACGGGGAAGUACAAAUAAUAAUGUUGUGAAAAAUAUGUCCACAUCAUCCCCCAUUAAUUAUGCCCUAAAUAACCACACGUUUUACAACCCACACAAUAUGCUCUAUAGUAACAAUGGCUUGAGCAAGAAUGGGUAUGGAAAUGCGAACAGCCAGCCAUUGAUGCAUAAUGUGACGAUGGUACCUGCUAUGAGGAAGACGAGUGACAGUUUAGUCCACGACAUGAAUGACUCUUUGAAGAAACCCUUCCUUGCUGUGAAUUAUAAAAAUUUUCCUAGUAACAUGAAAGGACGGCCAGAUGACAAUGUGGGAAACUUAUCCCAAAUUACUUAUCGCAAUGUAAUACAAAAUAAAAAUGAGGCAAUUGCAAAAGAUGGACUCAUGGCACCUGACAUGAGCAGUAAUGCUAAUGGGGGCACCACACACAACAUCAACAAUGUUAAUAAUUUAAGUAGAAUAAACGCGGUAGAUUUUAUUACUCGUGUGAAUAAGCCUGGUCAGUUCAAUAAUAUAAUGGCGAGGAACAGUGGCCAGAUCAACAGUGCUCCUUCUAGCGCUGGCAAGGCAUUUUCAAAUAUGAGCAACAUGCAUGGGAGUAUGAAUAUGUAUCAUGUGAAAAAUGUUAUAGGUGGUGAUGUGAGCAAUGGUGUUCCUGAUGUUAUGCUCACCAGUGGGAAUAAGCUAAACGAUGGCACCCCUGGAAAUGUAAAUAAAGGCGUACGCCAUGUGAGCAAUAGUCUCAAGAUGAACAUGGCCCCCUUCGGCGCUGCCCACGGUUAUCCUCUCAUGGGAGGUAGCAACGGUGGGAGGCUCAAAGCGCAUAUAGUAAGCGGCAUGAGCGGUAGCAUGCAUGUCACUAUGAACAGUGGCCCCCCUAGCUACGGCUCCAGCAGCAGGGGACAGAUGAGCCCAAAUGCUGGCUCCAAUGAACAGAAUGUGAAUCUUCUAAACAGUAAAAGUUUCUUGCCAAGCGCAGGAACUAUCCCUGUAGUACAAGACAAGAAUGAUGCGACCCCCAAGUAUGACGCCAAUAACCUCCAAGGAGAUAAAGCAGAAAAUGGAACAAGUAACAACUUUGUAGGUGACCUGAAAGAGGACACCACUUCCGUGUUGAAUAAUAAUACGGUUUCUUCGGAGAAACCGAAAAAGAGAAAGAGAAAGGAGAAAGGCAACGAGCAGGGGACGGAACAGGACACCUCCCCCAAGGGUACCAAAAGGAAAAGCAAAAAUACGCAAAAUGACGCUGAACCGAUUAUGUUAGCGAAUAGAGAUGCGAAUAGCGAUGCGAAUGCUUUACAGGAUGUGGCGAGUAGCCAGUUGGAUAAGCCCAUAGAAAAUUCGAGGAACGGUGCAGAAAUGAUUAACGAUCCAUUGAAAGGCCAAAAGGCGAAGAGGAAGCCAAAAGUGAAUAAUGCGGAGAAGACAAAAGGUGACGAAAAAAAAAGAAAAAAAAAAGGGAUGGAAUCAACAAAUGCAGAAAGUAGUUAUCCAUUGGGGCAACAAAACAGCGAGGUGGGUGAGGCAAAUGAAUAUCUUACUGAGGAUCGAAACGGAUUCUACAUCAGUUCGAGUGUGGCACAAGACAAUAUGAACAAUGGUAUGAUGAGUACCUACGGAAGUGGUAACCAUUUGAAUAACCCCAUUAGCACAGCCCCUCGAAGUGACUACUACAACAGUUUUAAUCAAGACAGACUAGCGGAAGUACCUGGCGUACGUAGCAGCUGGGGUGGAAGAGAUAAUAUAAAAAUGAUGAAUGGCAACCAGAUAGACAGUACAGUUAACUCUAACAUUGUACAAGGGGUUAGGUACAAUUCCAUCGUGUCUAACGGUAACACCAGUAUGAAGGAUUUCAUGAAUGAACAGUUUAGAGAAAAUAAUAAUGCGCAGAUCUUACGCGAUGCACACAUGAAUAAUGGUGCCCAGAGAACUACACACAGUUACAUGGGAGUCGACGGGAACAAGAAGAUGAAUGACAAUUUACCCCACAUGGUAGUUGAAAAGGGAAACAACGAAAUGUAUAAGAAGGAGCAGUUUUUACAGGUGGAGCAAUUAUUAAGGAAGGAUCAAAUGAAUAUUGACCCCAAAUUUGUUUGGCUCUUUUUAAAUAAAGAAUUUAAUGAAAAUAAAAAUAAGUAUGCUGGUUUUUUGCCCCUGUUUAAUAGUUGCUACCCGAAUAAGCUGAACGAGUUGAUUCGCAAGUUAGAGGAGUACUCCUUGACAAGCUAUGCACAUGUUAUGAGUGGUGCGCACGCGUUGCAGAGGAAGUACUGGGGAGGCUUUGGCCCCGGCGUGGUAGCAACUGGGCAAAAUGCCUCGAACGUGACGAGUUUCGCUAAUGUGGCAAAUGCGGCGAAUGCAGCUAAUACGGUGCCGUGCUCGAGUAGUGGGUACAGCGACGGCCACAUCGACAAUAAGCUACUGAACAAUAUAAAUAGCAAUUUUAAUGAGCUGAUAAAAAACUUUAGCAUUGAAAAUGGGGUCGCUCCAAACGCCCCUGUUGGGGAGGUCGAGAACCAAGGGCAGGGAAGGAGGCGCAGAAAGAGUGAUAACAAUGCUGGGAAGCCGAAGAAGGAGGGCAUCCCGAAGGAAAAAAAACGUGCGAAGAAAGGCUCGACCGCCGAGAAUGACAGCGGUGCGAAAGUGGACAGCAGCGUGAAGGCGGAGGAAUGCAUUAACCAAGAGAGCAUUGCCAACAUGGAAAGCAGCGUGAGGAACUGUGAAAGUAGCAUCAACCCGGAUGAUACACUCAACUACGAAAACGACAAGGAUAAUGUGACGAAGAAGCCGAGUGAGACAGGAAACAACAGCUACUUUGUCAAUACGAAUGGGUCCAUCGUGAGUGAAAACGCCAGUGAUGUGGUGAACCUUAUUCUGAAGAGUGACAUAGGCAACACAGAAACGGACCUCAUAAACAAUAAAAAUGAAUGCGACUCUGUUUAUAAAGGAAACGAAAAUUCAAUUGGGAAUGGAAUGACCAACGUAUGUGACACCAUUAGUUAUGAAGGGAAAUCUCAAAAGGAUGAAAAUGAUCUGAACAACCCUGGUGGCACUUUAAAUGAUAUGAACACUUCAGGAAAAAAUGUAAAAGUGAAAAAGUAUAGGAAAAAAAAAGAUAAUAAUAAUUUGGCUUCAGAAGAUAAAGGAGAUGUACCCACAUCUGCAUUGGACAGCAGCACCUGCAUGGAACAUGAGAAGAAAAAGAGAAAAAAAAAGAAUGACCCGCUCAAUAACAAUGAGCAUACAAUAAAUGCCCCAAAUGGGGUUAGCAUUAUUUCUGAGAACGGCCACAUGAACUUGUUGAGAGACCCAUCUGUUGAGGUGGAACGAAACGAAAACUCGAUUGAACACAAGUAUCCAAAUGGUGUGGAAGGUUCGUGUGCAGGUGAUAAUGAUGACCUGUCGGCGACGUAUUUGCUAAAUUGCAUGGUCGAGGAUUACAAUAAGGAGAUGAGCAAAAGGAAAAAAAAAGGCAGCAACAAGGAUCCCACUGAGUCCAAGAAAAAGGCUACAAUGAAGGAAGUGGUAAAAAAAGAGAAGCCAGAUGGUAGGGGAAAACACAGGACGAAGAAAAUGCUCGAGGUCGGGGAACAACAAGAGGAAGCAGAAGAAGAAAAAAAAAAAAAGAGAGAAGAAGAGGAAAAAAGGCUGAUUGAGAGGAUCCAGAAUAGGGGAAUGUACGCCCUACAAUAUGAAGGUAGUGGGCAUAAUUACAAACCGUAUAAUUACCACAAUUCCAAUUUUGUCGCGAGAAGAAGCAAAUGUUUGAAGAAACAUUUCCUUCAAGAAGACAAUAUGCUCUACCCCCACAUGAAGGGUACCCAUGUUAAAAAAAACUUAAGGAAAAAUAUGAGAUUAAAUGCGAUUAAUGCUAUUAAGAAGAAAUACAAGCGGUUCAACUUUUGUGUGAAUAAGGUGUUUAGAAAAAACAACAUAAAUGAUAUAAUCGCCUUAAACGAAAAUUUAAAUAAUAAUAAAGAACUUUUGUUCUUGUUCAAAAAGAAGGAUGUACGUAACUUAAAAAGAUUGAACUUCUCCUACUUUAUGGGUAAAUUGGAGCUAGAAAAAAUUGACAUGAUUAUAAUGAAGAGAAUACACAUAUGCGCACAAAAUAUAAGGAACAAUUUAGGUUUUACCUGCGUUAUAAAUAACGUGGAAAAUAUUGUGGAUGUGUUGAAGAAAGCCUUUAGAGAUCGGCUGCAGUUGAUGUGGCCACUGAUUGAAUUUUCUAGCAAGUACAGGCUGGACCAGUACUUCCACCUGUUGACAAAGAACAGGAACAGUUCACAGUCUAGGUUUAAGGAAACACGGCUAUUCGUGCAUCAGAACAUUGCCCCCUUAAUAGCCUACUUCAAUCAGAGGACCAUUGAUGCCAAAAUUGUGGAACACUUGAAGAGUCAAAUAAAGCCGAAAAAGAGGAGGAGGAAAAACAAGAACAAGGAUCCAUUCCCGGAGGACAAACCUUUAGACUUACUCAAAACGAUGAACACCAUGACGUCCAACAAUUUCACGACGGAGAACCUUCUGAACAUUGAGACGGCGCGGACCAGGGCCAGCGAGUUUGCCUUUGUCGGCUAUAACCAGAAGAGGCUCCUGACACAAAUUACCCCCUACGACUACAAGAACAUUCUCAAUUCUGAGUUUUGCAACAAACUGUUUACCAUAAAAUGGAGGGAACAACAAGCACUGUUUAUCAACCACCUGCAUUUCGACAUGGUCCCUGAUAAUGAAGAGAUAAAGAGGCACUUCGAAAAGGUGUACAUGAGGUACAUGGGCUACGAUGAGCAGAAGUUAUUUGUGAAGUUAGAAAAUGAAGGAAAGCCAGGAAAGCCCAAGUCUAAGAAUGAUAUUGUACAGGGAGCUAAGAAUGAGGGCAAACCGAAGGCCUCAAGGAAGAGAAAGGCAAACAAAAAUAAUGAAGCUGCUGAAAAGGAACCCAAAAUUGAUAAACCGAGGAGGAAAUAUGAACGGGUGAAACCUAGGAAGAGUAAAAACCAGAGUGGCAAAGCAGAGGCCGACCAGGGGGUGGGGGGUGUUGAAGCAGGGCCAGGUGUUGAUGCAGCGCAGAAUAUUGGAGCCGCUGAUAAUGCGUCGAUGGGUGCCAAUCCCCCUAAUGACUCCGCGGCCAAGGAAGGCACAUCGAAUAAGAAGGUACGCAAACCGAGAGAACCAAAAACGAAAAGUAAAACCAAGAAUGCACAUAAUAAUGACCCGACCUCUUUUAAGGGCGAUCCCAAUACAGUUAUUCAGGCAUCCAUAGACUUCAUGGAUCCCAACCUGUUUACCUAA